UAAACAAAUAGUUUUAACUUACCUAAAAUAGUUUACUUGUAUUGGUUUUAGUUAUUUUAAAGUAUAAAAGAAGUAACAGUGUUAUAUUUAUUGUGACAAGAGCUUAUUAGACUUAAUAACUGACAGUUCAAAACAGUUUAAUUGUUAUGAAAUAAUUCGAUCUUGUAGAAUUACUGUGGAGAAUUUGGUGAUUAUUCCUAUUCCAGAAAAGUCCUACACUCCCUGCUUUGAUGUGUAUGUUAUUUUAUGUGGUUUAUGAUUAGUAUACAUUUGUAUAGAAAUAACAACCUUGCAGUUACUUCAACAUGACUAUAGGAUUUAUACAAAUAAUGUCAUUAAUUUAUGGAUGAGGUGCAGAUGAUGUCCGCGGCGGGGGGGGAGCCGAUGCUGCGCCGCGUCAAGCAGGAGGCCGAGCCGCCGCCCCAGUACUCGCCCGACCCACACACAGACCACCCGCUGCAUCGUAGCGGGCAUAUGGUGCACGCGCCUCAGUUUUCCACCAUCCAACAGUUGGAACUCGAGCCGAAGGAGGAGGUGAAAUUCUGCGUGUCACCUGAGAGCGGGGCGGGGGGCAACGCGAGUCCUGAACAGCAGCACUGCUCGUCGACCACCGCCGCUGCGGCUGCCCGCGACGAAGACUCACCUCGACGCUUCUGUCUUGUAUGUGGCGACGUCGCGUCAGGCUUCCACUACGGUGUUGCAAGUUGCGAAGCCUGUAAAGCCUUCUUUAAACGGACCAUACAGAUGUUAAAUUACCAGGGGAACAUAGACUACACGUGCCCGGCGUCUAACGAGUGCGAGAUCAACAAGCGGCGGCGCAAGGCGUGCCAGGCGUGCCGCUUCCGCAAGUGUCUGAGCACGGGCAUGCUGCGCGAGGGCGUGCGCCUCGACCGCGUGCGCGGCGGCCGCCAGAAGUACCGCCGCGCGCCCGACCUGCCGCCGCCCGCGCACAAGCCGCACAUCGACGACAUCAAGAUCCUAGAGGCGCUGUCGUCGUACGAGCCAGAGCUGCUGAGCUGCGGCGCGGCGCCGGCGGGCGUGACGGAGCCCGCGGCGCGCACGCUGGCCCUGCUGGCAGACCUGUACGACCGCGAGCUGGUCGGCGUCAUCGGCUGGGCUAAACAGAUACCCGGCUUCACAGAGCUACAGCUUAAUGAUCAGAUGCGGCUGCUGCAGAGCACGUGGGCGGAGAUGCUGAGCUUGAUGGUGGCGUACCGCUCGCUGCCCGCCCCCGCCGCCGCCGUGCCCGCCUCCCCCGCGCCCGCCCCCGCCCCCGCCCCCCUGCGCCUGCGCUUCGCACACGACCUCGUGCUGGACGAACACACCGCGCGCGACAUCGGCGCACUCGACCUCUACCUGCAGAUCAGCGGCGUGGCGCGGCGGCUGGAGCGGCUGGGGGCGCAGCGCGAGGAGUGCUACCUGCUGAAGGCGCUGGUCCUCGCCAACUCGGAGGCGCGUCUCGACGAGCACGCCGCGCAGAGGCGCUUCCGAGAUGCUAUACUCGCUGCGCUUAACGACGCCGUCAACGCGCUCAGGCCAUACAACGCGAACACGGCGCUGCAGCAGCUGCUGCUGUCGCUGCCGGCGCUGCGGCACGCGGACGUGGCCGUGCGCCGCUUCUGGGCCGGCGUGCACCGCGACCGCCGCACGCAUAUGAACAAACUAUUCGUCGAGAUGCUGGAGGCCUGUCUGCGGUAGGCGGGUCGACGCGCGCAGGGCUCAGCUUACACUGGUCACUGACACGGGAUCACAAGUUAUGUGACUAGACGAAGUUACGGACAAACAAGUUUGAACAAGGUUGUGUCGAUUUGUUCUUCAAAUGCUUGCUCGAAACUUAUUAUAAUCUGUAGCAAUUAGUGUACUCAUUUUUUUAUCUACCCGUAGCUUUUUUAUUGUAAAUAAGUUUCGCUUUGGGUUAAGCACCGGGUGGCAGGCGGGGCCGCGACUUUUUUUUUCAUAAAAACAUAUCAUUUUAGUAAUUUUUAUGCAUUUAACGUUUCCCGAAGUUUCGAGUUGUGAGUGUUUGUGUAUUAUAUAUUUAUAUGGAUAUUUAGUCUGUGGUAAUGUGGCUGUGAAGUGGCGGGAAGCGGAGUUCGGUAUUUGAAUUGACGUUUAAUUUUAGGUUAUGUUUUAAAAUGAUCGAUAAUUAUCGCUUUGUGUUUGAUAUUUUUUAUAACAAUGUCUAUUUUU